CUGAUAUUCACCAUCCACUCAUGCAACCUCAAGCACAGGCGGGCAUUGGCGCUCCGAGGGGAAAAUACGCUUUUACUUUUUAAAAUUUCUUUUUAGUUUUCCCACGGCAUGAGCUAAACGGAACCGGCGGCUGGCUGCACUGCUUUUUGGACGUGUGGACGAUUCCGGUGGCAUGGUGUGGUGAACCAGCGAGAGACCCCAGCCAGCACAGAGAGACUGAGGUUUCACUGUGCAUCAUGUUUGAAUGCCGAUAAUUAAUUAGAAAUAUACAUGAAUGUGUUACUGCAUUGUCUAUAGCCUCACCGGGCUGUAGCAAGUCCCAUUUGUUCUGCUGAAGCCCGUCUGAAGCGGUCACCGUGCGGGGUUGAGGGUGCAACUGAACGGACAAUCGCACCGGACCAUUGAAGGGGUUCGGAUGAGGUGGUCGAUCGGGUCGUUAGGCUUUAGAAAAACAGCCAACUUUUCCUCCGUUCCUUUCUAACAGCAGUGCCAUCGAGCAUUGCUCAGGAGAUGGCGAUGAAGUGGCUCUACUUGGGAUUUAUGCUCUGCUUGGAGAUCCCCUCUCCUGACGGUUCAACCGUAGCUCCCAAAACAGACAUCCAGCCCAAGACCUGCAGCUCUAAGCAGUUUGUAUGUAAGGACCAGGUGACCUGUAUCUCCAAAGGCUGGCGCUGCGAUGGGGAGAAGGACUGUCCAGAUGGUUCGGACGAAUCGCCAGAUAUCUGCUCACACAACAGGGUGAACCAGUGUCCUGUGAAUGAACAUGGCUGCCUGGACCUGGAUGUAUGUAUCCAUAUGAGCAAGCUGUGUGAUGGAGUCCCCGACUGCAGCGAUGGCUGGGACGAGGGUCCACACUGCCGAGAACAGGCACCAAACUGUGACUCCCAUGGGUGCCACUAUCACUGUGCUGUGACUCACGAUGGGCCUAAGUGCUACUGUAGCAGCGGCUAUGAGGUUGCUUCAGAUGGAAAGACAUGCAAAGAUUUUAACGAGUGCAGUGUGUACGGGACGUGCAGUCAGACGUGCACAAACACCGAGGGCUCCUACACCUGCAGCUGUGUGGAGGGCUACCUGCUGCAGCCGGACAACCGCUCCUGCAAAGCCAAAAAUGAGCCAGUCGAUCGUCUGCCUAUGCUGCUGAUCGCUAACCUCCAUGACAUCCGAUGCACCUCACUGAGCGGCUCCACAUCCCGGCUGCCUACCAUUGUCACAAAGCAGACCAUGGCUAUGGACUUCAUCUACGCCCAGGAGACUGUCUGCUGGAUUGAUGUGGGUGAUACCCCCGCUGCCACCCAUCUGAAGUGCGCCAGUAUCCCCGACCUCAAGACUGUCACUAAUGUCCACACCAUCAACAUCUCCCUCAGCCUGCACCAUGUUGAGCAGAUGGCUAUAGACUGGCUGACCGGAAACUUCUACUUUGUGGACGACGUGGAUGACCGGGUGUUUGUGUGCAACAAGAAUGGCCAGACGUGUGUGACCCUGCUGGACCAAGAGCUGUAUAACCCCAAAGGCAUCGCCUUGGACCCGGCCAUGGGCAAAGUGUUCUUCACAGAUUAUGGGUCCACACCAAGGGUGGAGCGCUGUGACAUGGAUGGUCAGAACCGCACUAAGCUGGUGGACAGCAAGAUCGUCUUCCCUCAUGGGAUCACGCUGGACCUGGUCAACCGGUUGGUGUACUGGGCUGACGCCUACCUGGACUACAUCGAAGUGGUCGACUAUGAGGGCAAGAACCGUCACACCAUUAUCCAGGGCCUGCUGAUUGAACACCUGUACGGCCUGACUGUAUUUGAGAACUACCUGUAUGCCACCAACUCAGACGAAGGCAACCUGAACGCCAAGACCAGUGUGCUCCGUGUGAACCGCUUCAACAGCUCUGACUUUCAAGUGGUAACCCGGGUAGACCGGGGAGCCGCACUACACGUGUACCACCAGAGACGCCAACCUCAAGUGCGUAGCCAUGCAUGUGCCCUUGAUCAGUUCGGGAAGGCCGGAGGAUGCUCUGAUAUCUGUCUGCUGAGCAACAGCCACAAGACUCGCACCUGCCGCUGUCGCUCUGGCUUCAGCCUUGGCAGCGAUGGCAAGUCCUGCAAGAAACCCGACCACGAGCUGUUCUUGGUGUAUGGUAAGGGUCGUCCCGGAAUCAUCAGGGGCAUGGACAUGAAUGCUAAGGUGCCUGAUGAGUACAUGAUUCCCAUCGAGAACCUAAUGAACCCCCGAGCUCUGGAUUUCCACGCUGCCAGUGAGUUCAUCUACUUUGCCGAUGCCACCAGCUUCAUUAUUGGACGACAGAAGAUAGACGGCACGGAGAGAGACACCAUAUUACAAGAAGGUAUACACACCGUAGAGGGGAUAGCAGUUGACUGGAUGGGAAGUAAUCUCUACUGGACAGAUGAUGGGCCAAAGAAGACUAUCAGUGUUGCUAGGCUGGAGAAGGCUUCACAGACCCGAAAGACUCUCAUUGAAGGCAAGAUGAGCCAUCCCCGGGCAAUCGUGGUGGACCCCCAGAAUGGAUGGAUGUAUUGGACCGACUGGGAAGAGGACCCCACAGAGAGUAACAGAGGGAAGAUCAAGAAAGCUUGGAUGGAUGGUUCCCAUCACCAAGUGUUACUGACCAGCAAGACAGUGCUGUGGCCCAAUGGCUUGAGUCUGGACAUCCCCCAGGGCAUCCUGUAUUGGGUUGAUGCUUAUUAUGACCGUAUUGAGAUGGUUUACCUCAACACCACAGAGAGAAGGGUAGUGUAUGAAGGGCAGGAGCUUAACCACGCCUUUGGCUUAUGUCAUUACAAACAAUUUCUCUUUUGGAAUGAGUGCCGGGGAGGUGGCAUUUACAAACUGGAUCAGGCCACUAAAACAGUCACACUACUCCGCAAUGAGAGGCCGCCAAUCUUUGAGAUAAGAGUGUACGAUGCACACCAGCAGCAAGGCUCCAAUCUGUGUAGAGUCAACAAUGGUGGCUGUAGCAGUUUGUGCCUCGCUAUUCCUGAUGGCAGGUCCUGUGGCUGUGCCGACGAUCAAAUCCUGGAUGUUGAUAAUGUCACCUGCAAAGCCAACCCCUCCUACGUGCCCCCACCCCAUUGCCAGCCCGGGGAGUUUGCCUGCAAGAAUGACCGCUGCAUCCAAGAGCGCUGGAAGUGUGACGGGGACAACGAUUGUCUGGACAACAGCGAUGAGGCGCCUGAACUCUGCUACCAGCACACCUGCCCAGCUGACAGAUUCAAAUGUCAGAACAACCGCUGUAUCCCCCUGCGAUGGCUGUGUGAUGGAGACAAUGACUGCGGCAAUGAUGAAGACGAAUCCAACACCACCUGCUCUGCUCGCACAUGUCCACCAAAUCAGUACCCUUGUGCCAGUGGGCGCUGCAUUCCCAUCUCGUGGACAUGUGACCUGGAUGAUGACUGUGGAGACCGCUCGGAUGAACCAGACUCCUGCGCCUACCCUACGUGUUUCCCUCUGACCCAGUUCACCUGCGCAAAUGGCCGCUGCAUCAACAUCAACUGGCGAUGUGAUAACGGUAAUUACUAUCCGCUGCUUACUUCACCACCGAUGAAGCUGUGUUUUAAAACAAUACGGCGACUCACUAUAAUUCACGUUUGUUUGUGUUCCUGUACAGACAAUGACUGUGGUGACAACAGUGACGAAGCAGGCUGCAGUCAUUCCUGCUCCAGUGUCCAGUUUAAGUGUAACAGUGGCCGCUGCAUCCCCGAAUACUGGACCUGUGACGGCGACAAUGACUGCGGAGACUACAGUGACGAGACACAUGCCAACUGCACAAACCAGGCUACCCGUCCUCCAGGUGGCUGCCACGUAGACGAGUUCCAGUGCAGGAUGGACGGCCUGUGCAUCCCCAUGCGCUGGCGCUGCGACGGGGACACAGACUGCAUGGACCUGAGUGAUGAGAGCAACUGCGAGGGUGUCACCCACAUGUGUGACCCAGCGGUGAAGUUCAGCUGCAGGGACUCUGCUCGCUGCAUCAGCAAGGCUUGGGUGUGUGACGGUGACAGUGACUGUGAAGACAACUCUGAUGAGGACAACUGUGAGGCGUUGGUGUGCAAGUUGUCUCACCACAUGUGCGCUACAAACGACUCCAUCUGUCUGCCGGCAGAGAAGCUGUGUGACGGCACCGAUGAUUGUCCAGAUGGCUCCGAUGAGAAACUUUGUGACUUGUGUUCGUUGGACAACGGUGGCUGUAGUCACAACUGCAGCAUCAUUCCUGGGGAGGGCUUCAUGUGCUCAUGUCCACUUGGCAUGGAGCUGGGAGCAGACAACAAAACAUGCCAGAUUCAGAGCUUCUGUGCCAAACACCUCAAGUGUAGCCAGAAGUGCGAGCAGGAGAAAUCCAGCGUCAAGUGCUCCUGCUAUGAGGGCUGGGAGCUGGAAUCUGACAUGGAAAGCUGCAAAAGCUCUGAUCCCUUCAAGCCUUUUAUCAUCUUUUCAAACCGGCAUGAAAUCAGAAGGAUCGACCUUCACAAGGGGGAGUUCAGUGUGCUGGUACCAGGCCUGAGAAACACCAUCGCUUUGGACUUUCACCUCGACCAGAGCACCCUGUAUUGGACUGAUGUUGUGGAGGACAAGAUAUAUCGUGGGAAAUUGUCUGACAAUGGAGCCCUGACCAGUUUUGAGGUGGUGAUCCAGUAUGGCCUGGCUACUCCAGAGGGCCUGGCUGUGGACUGGAUAGCAGGAAACAUUUACUGGGUGGAGAGCAAUCUGGACCAGAUAGAGGUGGCAAAACUGGAUGGGACCAUGAGAACCACUCUGCUGGCUGGAGAAGUGGAACACCCAAGGGCCAUUGCUUUAGACCCCAGAGAUGGUAUUCUAUUUUGGACAGACUGGGAUGCGAGUUUGCCCAGGAUUGAAGCAGCAUCUAUGAGUGGUGAAGGCAGACGCACCAUACACAGGGAAACAGGCAGUGGGGGCUGGCCCAACGGACUCACUGUGGACUACAUGGAAAGACGCAUCGUGUGGAUUGAUGCCAGGUCAGAUGCUAUAUACUCCGCUAUGUACGACGGUUCUGGCCUGAUUGAGGUGUUGCGAGGUCACGAGUAUUUGUCUCACCCCUUUGCUGUGACCAUGUAUGGAGGCGAGGUCUACUGGACUGACUGGAGGACCAAUACUCUGGCUAAAGCCAACAAAUGGACAGGACACAAUGUUACUGUAGUCCAGCGCACCAACACACAACCAUUUGACCUGCAGGUUUAUCACCCGUCAAGACAACCCCAGGCUCCUAACCCGUGUGUCUCCAGUGAUGGUAGCAGCCCGUGCUCUCACCUCUGCCUCAUCAACUUCAACCAGACCUUCUCCUGUGCCUGCCCUCACCUCAUGAAGCUGCAGCCUGACAAGCGCACCUGCAAAGAGUCCCGCAAGUUCCUUCUUUAUGCACGUCAGAUUGAGAUCCGGGGUGUGGACAUUGACAACCCAUACUACAACUACAUCAUCUCCUUCACUGUGCCAGAUAUAGACAAUGUGACAGUGGUGGACUAUGAUGCUGUGGAACAUCGUAUCUACUGGUCAGAUGUUCGAACACAGACUAUCAAGAGAGCUUUCAUUAACGGCACAGGGGUUGAGACUGUUGUGUCUGCUGAUCUUCCCAAUGCUCACGGGCUGGCUGUUGACUGGGUUUCAAGAAACCUUUUCUGGACCAGCUACGAUGCCAAUAAGAAGCAGAUCAAUGUGGCAAGACUUGAUGGAUCCUUCAAGAACGCUGUCAUCCAGGGCUUAGACAAGCCUCACUGUCUGGUGGCACAUCCUCUACUAGGGAAGCUUUACUGGACUGAUGGCGACAAUGUCAGCAUGGCUAACAUGGAUGGUAGCAACCACACCACACUUUUCAACAAUCAAAAGGGACCUGUAGGCCUUUCCAUUGACUAUGAAAACGAGCAGCUUUACUGGAUCAGCUCAGGGAACAGCACCAUUAACCGCUGUCAGCUGGAUGGAACUAAACUGGAGAUCCUGGAAGGUGUGAAAGGCAAACUAACCAAGGCUACAGCCCUGGCUAUUAUGGGAGACAAGCUUUGGUGGGCCGACCAGGGAACUGACCAGAUAGGAACAUGUGACAAGAAGGACGGAGGAAACUGGAAGAUUCUGCGGAACAACACCUCCCCUAUGAUGCACAUGAGGAUCUAUGAUGAGGAUGUGCAGAAAGCUGGUAUCAACUUGUGCAGUAACAACAAUGGAGACUGCUCCCAGCUGUGUCUGCCCACCUCGCCUACAACCAGGGCCUGCAUGUGCACUGCUGGAUACAGCCUCAAGACUGGACAGCAGUCCUGUGAGGGUAUGGGCUCUUUCCUGCUGUACUCUGUUCAUGAGGGAAUCAGAGGAAUCCCACUCGACCCUGCAGACAAAUCUGACGCCUUGGUGCCGGUGUCUGGCACCUCUCUGGCUGUUGGAAUCGACUUCCACGCUGAAAAUGACACCAUCUACUGGGUGGACAUGGGCCUGAGCACCAUCAGCAGGGCGAAGAGAGACCAGACAUGGAGGGAAGAUGUGGUCACCAAUGGCAUCGGCAGGGUGGAGGGCAUCACUGUUGACUGGAUAGCAGGAAAUAUUUACUGGACUGACCAGGGCUUUGACGUAAUUGAGGUGGCGAGGCUGAAUGGCUCCUUCCGUUAUGUAGUCAUUUCCCAGGGUCUGGACAAACCCAGAGCCAUCACUGUCCAUCCCGUCAAAGGGUAUCUGUUCUGGACUGAGUGGGGUCAGUACCCUCGUAUCGAGCGCUCUCGGUUGGAUGGCACCCAGAGGUUGGUCUUGGUCAACGUGAGCAUCAGUUGGCCCAAUGGAAUCUCCAUUGAUUACGAUGAGGGUCUGCUUUAUUGGUGUGAUGCCCGUACAGACAAGAUUGAGCGCAUUAACCUGGAGACUGGAGAGAACAGGGAGAUGGUGCUGGCAAACAACAACAUGGACAUGUUUGCUGUGUCUGUUUUUGAGGAAUACAUCUACUGGAGUGACAGAACUCAUGCCAAUGGGUCCAUUAAGAGGGGCAGCAAAGACAACGCUACGGAUGCUGUGCAGCUCAGGACUGGCAUUGGUGUACAGCUGAAAGACAUCAAGGUUUUCAACAGAGCCAGGCAGAAAGGCACCAACGUCUGCAAAGACAACGGCGGCUGUGAACAGCUGUGUCUUUACCGUGGCAACGAGCAGCGCACUUGCGCGUGUGCCCACGGCAUGCUGGCAGAGGACAACCGCAGUUGUCGUGACUAUGACGGAUACCUGCUGUACUCUGAACGUACUAUUCUGAAGAGCAUCCACCUGUCAGACGAGACGAACCUCAACGCGCCGAUAAAGCCGUUUGAGGACCCCGACCACAUGAGGAACGUCAUCGCCCUCAGCUUCGAUUAUCACGGCGGUGGAGGGAAGGGAGCCAACCGCGUCUUCUUCAGCGACAUCCACUUUGGCAACAUCCAGCAGAUCAAUGAUGACGGCACAGACCGCAAGAUAGUGGUUGACAAUGUAGGAUCAGUUGAGGGCCUGGCGUACCACCGUGGUUGGGAUACUCUCUACUGGACGAGUUACACAACCUCAACAAUCACUCGCCACACAGUGGACCAGAGCCGCACUGUGGCCUAUAACCGUGACAAUGUGGUCACUAUGUCUGGAGAAGACCACCCCAGAGCCUUUGUGCUGGACGAGUGUCAGGAUCUCAUGUUCUGGACCAACUGGAACGAACAGGCUCCCAGUAUUAUGAGGGCUUCUCUGAAUGGAGCCAAUCUCCUCAUAAUCAUCGGCAGUGACAUCAGAACUCCCAACGGCCUGGCUAUAGAUCACCGAGCUGAAAAACUCUACUUCUCUGACGCCACGCUAGACAAGAUUGAACGCUGUGAAUAUGAUGGGAGCAGCCGUUAUGUCUUGUUAAAGAAUGAGCCUGUGCAUCCGUUUGGCCUGGCUGUGUAUGGAGACUAUAUCUUCUGGACUGACUGGGUGAGGAGGGCUGUGCUCAGAGCAGACAAAUACACGGGAGGAGACAUGAAGGUGCUGCGGGCUGACAUCCCUCAGCAGCCAAUGGGAAUUGUUGCUGUGGCUAAUGACACCAACAGUUGUGAGUUCUCUCCUUGCCGAACAAAUAAUGGAGGAUGCCAAGACCUGUGUCUGCCCACAUCUGAUGGACGCGUCAACUGCAGUUGCCGUGGAGAUAGGCAGCUCCUCGAAGACAACACCUGCUCUUCUCUCAACAUGUCGUGUGGAAGUGUGGAUGACUUUGAGUGUGGAAACGGUGACUGCAUCAACUACAGCCUGACCUGUGACGGCAUGGCGCACUGCAAGGACAAAUCUGAUGAAAAGCAGUCCUACUGUGCCAAUCGACUUUGCAAGAAAGGCCACAGACGCUGCAUGAAUGGCCGCUGUAUUGGACACCAGUUCUGGUGUGAUGGCACAGAUGACUGUGGUGACCACUCGGAUGAACUUCCUUGCAACAUGACGUUGUGCAAACCAGGAGAGUUCCAGUGUAAAGAUGGAAGCUGUAUCUCCAAUUUCAGCCGCUGUGACCAGGUGGUCAACUGUGAGGAUGCCGGGGAUGAAAUGAACUGCCAACCGACUGAUUGUUCCCGUUUCUUCCGCUUGGGAGUGAAAGGAGUGUCCUUCCAGAGCUGUGAGAAGACUACCCUGUGUUAUCUGUCCUCAUGGGUGUGUGAUGGCAACAACGAUUGUGGAGACUUUUCAGAUGAAAGGAACUGCCCAGAUAAAAGGAAGCUUAAAUGUCCAGUCAACUUCUUUGCUUGUCCAAGUGGUCGCUGCAUCCCUAUGAGUUGGACGUGUGAUAAGGAGAAUGACUGUGAAAACGGAGCAGAUGAGACGCACUGUGACAAAUUUUGUACAUCCACCCAGUUUGAAUGUGCAAACCACCGCUGCAUUUCCAGCCACUGGGUGUGUGACGGCUCUGAUGACUGUGGUGAUGGUUCUGAUGAGGACCAGAAAUGCAAAUCCAAGACCUGCAGCCCAGAGGCUUUCCAGUGUCCUGGCUCCCACAUGUGUGUGCCUCAAAGAUGGAAGUGUGAUGGAGACAAGGACUGUCCUGAUGGAGCAGAUGAGAGUGUCAAGGCUGGCUGCAUGUACACCAACAGCACUUGUGACGAGAAUGAGUUCAUGUGCCAGAACAGACAGUGUAUCCCAAAGCACUUUGUGUGUGAUCAUGACAUCGACUGCUCAGAUGGCUCAGACGAAUCCCCAGAAUGUGAGUACCCGACUUGUGGUCCAGAAGAGUUUCGCUGUGCAAACGGCCGCUGCCUCAACCAAAAGAAAUGGGAGUGUGACGGAGAGUUUGACUGUCAGGAUCGCUCUGACGAGGCCCCCAAAAACCCACGCUGCACUGACUCAGAGAGGAUUUGCAAUGAGUCAGCCUUCAUGUGCCGUAAUGGGAAGUGUUUGAAUGAGACUCUGCUGUGUGAUCACAAUGACGACUGUGGCGACGGCUCCGAUGAACUCAACUGCUUCAUCAAUGAGUGUCUAAACAGCAAGCUGAGCGGCUGCUCGCAGCUCUGUGAUGACCUCAAGAUUGGCUUCAAGUGUAGGUGUCACCCUGGUUUCCAGCUUAAGCGGGACGGGAAGACGUGUGUAGAUAUAGACGAGUGCACAACCACCUACCCCUGUUCUCAGCGCUGCAUCAACACACACGGCAGCUUCCACUGUCUCUGUGUCGAUGGCUUUGAACUCAGCCCCAAUGACCCCACCAUCUGCAAGUCCACAUCGGAAGAGGAGCCAUACUUGAUCUUCGCUAACAGGUACUACCUGAGGAAACUCAACCUGGAUGGUUCCAACUACACUCUUAUAAAACAGGGUCUGAAUAAUGCAGUGGCUCUGGACUUCCACUAUGCAGAGCAGAUGAUCUACUGGACAGAUGUUACCACUCAGGGCAGCAUGAUCCGACGCAUGCAUAUGAACGGCAGCAACAUAGAGGUUUUGCACCGGACCUCCUUGAGUAACCCAGACGGCUUGGCAGUGGAUUGGGUUGGUGGGAACUUGUACUGGUGUGAUAAAGGCCGAGACACCAUCGAGGUGUCAAAACUCAAUGGAGCCUACCGGACAGUGCUGGUAAACAGCGGCCUGAAGGAACCUCGUGCUGUAGCUGUAGAUGUACGCUAUGGGUACCUGUACUGGUCAGACUGGGGCGACAACCCUCACAUUGGACGAAUCGGGAUGGACGGCACUAACAGAAGUGCCAUUGUUGAGGAUAAGAUCACGUGGCCCAAUGGACUAACCCUGGACUUUAUCAAUGACCGUAUAUACUGGGCAGAUGCCAGAGAGGAUUACAUAGAGUUUGCAAGCCUGGAUGGCACAAACAGACACACAGUUCUCAGCCAAGACAUCCCCCACAUCUUUGCAAUGACUCUGUUCGAGGAGUACAUCUACUGGACAGACUGGGAGACAAAGUCCAUCAACAGAGCUCAUAAGAGUCUGGGUACCAACAAGACCACCCUGAUCAGCACCCUGCAUCGGCCCAUGGACAUCCACAUUUACCAUCCUUAUCGCCAGCCUGAGGUGCUCAACCACCCCUGUCAGACGAACAAUGGCGGCUGCAGUAACCUCUGCCUCCUCUCUCCUGGAGGAGGCUACAAGUGUGCCUGUCCCACCAACUUCUACCUCUCCAAUGACCAGCGUACUUGCAUGUCCAACUGUACAGCCAGUCAGUUUGUGUGCAAGAACGACAAGUGCAUUCCUUUCUGGUGGAAAUGUGACACGGAGGACGAUUGCGGUGACCGGUCUGACGAGCCAGCAGACUGCCCUGAGUUCAAAUGCAGACCAGGACAGUUUCAGUGCAGCACAGGCAUCUGCACAAACCCUGCAUACAUCUGUGACGGUGACAACGACUGCCAGGACAAUUCAGACGAGGCUAACUGUGAUAUUCAUGUUUGCCUGCCCAGCCAGUUCAAAUGUUCCCACCCUAGUCGCUGCAUUCCUGGCAUCUUCCGCUGUAAUGGCCAGGACAACUGUGGGGAAGGAGAGGAUGAGAAGGACUGUCCUGAGGUCACUUGUGCACCAACCCAGUUCCAGUGUGCCAUCACCAAACGCUGCAUACCUCGUGUCUGGGUGUGUGACCGCGACAAUGAUUGCGUGGACGGCUCUGAUGAACCCGCCAACUGCACCCAGAUGACUUGCGGUGUGGACGAGUUCAGAUGUAAAGACUCUGGGCGCUGCAUACCAGCUCGCUGGAAGUGUGACGGGGAGGACGACUGUGGUGAUGCAUCAGACGAACCAAAGGAGGAGUGUGCUGAGAGGACGUGUGAGCCGUACCAGUUCAGAUGCAAGAAUAAUCGCUGUGUUCCGGGCCGCUGGCAGUGUGACUACGACAAUGACUGUGGGGACAACUCGGAUGAGGAUAAGUGCAUGCCUCGACAAUGCUCGGAGAGCGAGUUUGCCUGCACAAACGGCCGCUGUAUUGCCGGGAGGUGGAAGUGCGAUGGAGACCAUGACUGUGCUGAUGGAUCAGAUGAGCAUGGCUGUGACCUGAAGUGUGACAACGACCAGUUCCAGUGUAAGAACGGUCACUGUAUCCCCAUCCGCUGGCGGUGUGAUGUUGACCCUGACUGCAUGGACGGCAGUGAUGAAGAGAACUGUGGCAGUGCAGCUGGACGUCAAUGCCCUCUGGAUGAGUUCCAGUGUGACAACACUUUGUGCAAACCCCUCGGCUGGAAGUGUGACGGGGAAGACGACUGUGGGGACAACUCGGACGAGAAUCCUGAAGAAUGCCGAAGGUUCCAGUGUCCUCCUACUAGAGCUUUCCGCUGCCAAAAUGACCGUGUGUGUCUGCAACUAUCAAAGAGGUGUGACGGUGUCAACAACUGCGGCGACAACUCAGAUGAACUAAACUGCAAAGCCCCUCCAGCUGUUCCCACUUGCGAGAAGGACGAGUUCCUGUGUGCAAACAACAGAUGCAUCAGCUCCACUCUGCGCUGCAACUUCUUCAACGACUGUGAGGACUACGGCUCUGAUGAGAUCAACUGCAAGACAGACACCAAACUCAAUGACUGCAGGAGUAACAGGACUCAGUGUGGUGAUGGAGACGAGGCCCAUUGUGUCACCAACGGCACAGACUCUUUCUGCUCCUGCAAACCAGGCUUCCAGAAGACGGGACACCGCACUUGUGGGGAUAAGAAUGAGUGCCUGCAGUUCGGUGUGUGUUCACACAUCUGCAACAACACCAAAGGCUCCCACAAAUGCAGCUGCAACAAAUACUUCAGCAGGAUCAACGACACCUGCAAGGCUGACGGCAUGAACAGCAGUCGUCAGAUUCUCUACAUCGCUGAUGACAAUGAAAUACGCAGCCUGGACCCCGGCAUGCCCAACUGGCGCUAUGAGCAGACCUUCCAGGGGGACGCCAGCGUGCGUAUUGAUGCGAUGGACCUGCAUGUCAAAACCAACCGCAUCUUCUGGACCAAUUGGCACACGGGUAGCAUCUCCUCCUAUGAACUCCCGGGACAGUCCACCUCACCAUCCUUGUCCAACUCUCACCGUAACCGACGACAGAGUGAAGGCAGGAUCACCAACCUGCAGAUCAAAGAGCUGAAGAUGCCUCGAGGUAUAGCUGUGGACUGGGUGGCUGGUAACCUCUACUGGACUGACUCUGGUCGAGAUGUCAUCGAAGUGGCUCAGAUGUCAGGCCAGCACUGCAAGACCCUCGUCUCUGGCAUGAUAGACGAACCUUACGCCAUCGUAGUGGAUCCACAGAGAGGUACCAUGUAUUGGGCAGACUGGGGGAACCACCCGAAAAUUGAGACAGCCUCUAUGGACGGGACUCUGAGACAAACUUUAGUUCAUGAGAACAUCCAGUGGCCUACAGGUUUGGCUGUGGACUACUUCAACGAGCGUCUCUACUGGUCAGAUGCUAAACUCUCAGUGAUUGGAAGUGUUCGUCUCGAUGGUUCUGAUCCUGUCAUCGCUGUCACUGGCCUGAAAAACAAUCUAUACCAUCCAUUCGGCAUAGAUGUCUUUGAGGACUACAUAUAUGGGGUCACUUAUAUCAAUAAUGUUGUCUUCCGGGUCAACAAGUUUGGAAAGGGCUCCAUGGAGAAUCUCACCACAGGCAUCAACCAUGCGACUGACAUUGUCCUCUCCCACCGCUACAAGCAGCCAGAGAUGACAAACCCAUGUGACAGGAAGAAGUGUGAGUGGCUGUGUCUGCUCAGCCCCAGUGGACCAGUGUGUACCUGCCCCAAUAACUAUGUGGCCGACAACGGCACAUGUGCAGAGAGACCGCCCCCAACCCAGUCACCAUUCUCUCCCCCCUCAGGACCCUGCGAUAUUCAGUGUCAGAAUGGCGGGAGCUGCUUCCUAAACGCGCGUCAGGUGGCAAAGUGUCGCUGCCAGCCGAGCUACUUUGGAAGGAGAUGUGAGAUCAAUCUGUGCAGGGACUACUGCAAGAAUGGAGGCAUAUGCACUGCUUCUCAUACAGGUGCCCCGACCUGCCGAUGUCCAAAGGGCUUCACAGGGCCAAACUGUGACCGUCAAACUUGUCAAGACUACUGCCUGAACGGAGGCAACUGCUCAGUCAACAUGGGGAACCAGCCGACGUGUAGCUGCCCUUUGGAGUACAGUGGAGACCAGUGUCAGUACAGUAAAUGUGAAGGGUUCUGUAUCAACGGAGGAACCUGCUUACAGACCUCCAACGGCACCAAAGUCUGUCGGUGCCCCUCUCAGUACAUCGGACAUCAGUGCGAGCUCGACAAAUGUCAGUUCUGCGGGACUGGAAAAUGUCUGACGUCGUCGUCGAGCAAGGUCUCUUGCAUCUGUCCCAACGGUCAAACCCAGCCCAGCUGCUACACCUGUUUCGACUACUGCACAAACGGACAAUGUUCAGUGGACACGCGCACGCUGCUGCCUCAGUGCAAGUGUCCUGCGGGGUGGACAGGCUACAGAUGUGAAGUUGUAGCAGAAUCUGUGGAUUCCUCUGCUUCCAGUGGAAGUACUGCCUCUAUCGUCAUCCCAGUGCUUCUGCUGCUGCUGCUGGCACUGCUUGUGGUUGGUGCCAUCUUGUGGUACAAGCGGAGAAUGCGCGGUGCAAAGGGCUUCCAGCACCACCGAAUGACAAACGGAGCCAUGAAUGUUGAGAUUGGGAAUCCUGCCUACAAGAUCUAUGAGGGAGACCCUGACGACGAUGCCGGGGAGCUUUUGGAUUCAGACUUUGCUUUGGACCCAGAUAAGCCCACUAACUUCACCAACCCCGUGUAUGCCACCCUGUACAUGGGCGCCCACAACAGUCGCAACUCUCUGGCCAGCACAGACGAAAAGAAGGAGCUUCUCUCCCAGGGCGAUGAGGACAUGAGUGACCCGCUGGCAUAGAGCUCGGCAUGGAUUGAACUCUGCCAACAUUGCCCUGCUGGACCCAGUGCUGAGCUGCUGCCGGGCUCUCUCAUCAUCUGAUGCCUUUACCAACACAAAAAGCGAGAACACUGUACAAAAUGUAUAAAAUGAAGGACUACUUUUUUAAGUGAUUGCAGUAUUAUAUUUUGUUCUUUGACAAAAAAAGAUCCUGGUGACGAUAAAGGAAGCGUUUUAUAGACAUUUAUUCAGUUCUUCUUUUUAAUUUUGCUCACCUCCUCCUCCUCCUCCUCCUCCAAAUUAUUCCUCCUUUGUCACACAUAUAGCCACUACCUCUGUGCAAAUGUAAAAGAUAGAAAUAAGAAUGGCAGUGGAACAGUUUUAAUUUUUUAUUUUUGUAUGAAUUGUACAGGAGAAAAAAAAAAGAGAAAGCACUAUGAAUGCUUCCUGAAUGCUGGUUGAGCUCAGUCUUUCACAUCGUUUGUAUACGUACGCUUGCUGCUGGAGGUCAGGAGCGAGAGACCGCGGCGUGGAGGGAAAUACGGAGAUUUUAUACUGUACAUGCACACAUGGAGAACUCGGCAUCGCAGACAGUGUGUGCUCUGUUGUCUCCAAACUACAUUCAAGUGAUUGUCUUUUACUUCUUUGCACAGACUAAAGUUAUAUAUUUGCAUAUAUAUAAACCUAUUAACUAAGUGUCUUGAAAAUAUACCCAGGAAAACAAACACCAGUAACAAAAUAGCAGUCUGUACUUUUUAACCUUUUUUUUUUUUUUUUUUUUUUUUUGAAGUCAUUGUAUAAUUGACAUACUCUGUUGUCAGCAAUGAAUGAAUACAUGGCGGUGUGCGAGUGUGCUGGAUGGAGAUGAUUGUAAUAAGUCCACAUUCCAGGAUGAAAGUCUGGGAUGGAGAUCCGUGGCCUUGGUUUACUGCAGGACACUGUCCUCAGAUUGCUCUGACACUGUUCUGGAAAGUUCUUUUAGAGGAGUGACGGCAGGCUUCUGUGAGUUUUAUGGUCUUCACUAAAAAUUACCGAGACGAAUAUUUAGCUAAAAAAAGUUUCAUUUAGCUGGGGUUUUUUUUCCUCGUCUUUUGAUUGUAAAUGUACUUACAGGAAAGGCCAGGGAGACCAUGUGAUGGUACGUUCUUCUGUUCGAGAUUGAGUUUGUACUCCUUGUUUUUCUUUUAAUCAUUAGUCAUUUCAUGGACAUUUAAUUUUUUUGCUGAUGACCAUUGUUCAGUGGGUUCCCAGGAAGGGGACUGAUCAGCUUCCUGAUGAGCAUUCCUUUGUUAAUUCCUUUGCCUUGCUGCUAACGCUCACCAUCUGUCCGUCUGUCAAACUGGCUCAAAGUCUUAACAGCGCUGCUCAUCACGCUGCUUUUUAACUGAGCUGAUCAGCCGUACCUGCCACAUCACUCUGCAUGGUGCUCACACACACAUCCUCAAGGAAACUCUCUGGCUUUUAUCCUUCUAUUCUUAACAGUAUUCGCCCCCUUUUUUUUUUUACAUCCUGCUUUGUCAGAUUUACAACAAACCAUGUCAAUUAGAAAAAUAAUUUUUCAGUUGGAGAAUUUCUUGGUUGCAAAAGUUGUUCUGAUUGUUUUGUUCUGAUUCUAUUUCUUUUUGAUAUAAGAAAUUAAAUGGAUUUUUAUAGUAGAAA